AUGAGCGCCGCGAAGGAGGUGACGUGGGAGGACCAACAGCGCAUAUGCGCCUUCUCGCGCAUGAACGCGCGCGCGCACGAGAUAAACUCGGAGAUUAAACACAAAGAGAAGCAGAUCGAUGACUUGGACGAAGCCUCGACCGAGCUCGCGGUCAACGACGAGGACGACGCGUGCGUGCUCAUGGGGGAGUGCUUCGUGAAGAUGGACAACGAACAGGCGGAGGCGAAGGUUGAGGCGAUGCUGACGCGCGAGCGCGCGGCGUUGGAGGCGCUGAAGGGGGAGAGGAAGGUGUUGCGAGAAGGCAUGGAGGAGUUGAAAAAGAAAUUGUACGAGCGACUAGGAAACUCGAUUAAUCUCGAGGAAUGA